CUACGGCAAAAAAGCCCAACUUCGUACAAUGAAUGACAUCGUACGGAACACUGAGCUUCUGAUCUGGCAUUGUUGUGUUGGACUGACUGUAUAUAUGUGCACCUCUCCUGUCCUGUGAUUUCCAAACGAAUAGAAAAAUGGCCAGCAAGAAAACGAUGAUACUGCGUAUUCAAACAAAUGAUGGAAUGAAGAGAAUAGAAGUGGCUGCCACAGAUACAGUGAAGUCUUUAUAUGAAAAGAUAACACAAAGUUUUAAUCUACAUCCUAAUGGCUGGCUGUUAUGUAAAGAUAGAGCAUUGAAAAACGAGUUGAAAAAGAAUACUAGAAGUACAUUGAAAACUCUUAAGUUCAGUCAUGGUGAUGUAGUUUAUAUGAAGAACUAUGAUGGUGAAAUAGCUAGCAGUAACCGAAGUGAGACAAGUACACCUGAUCAAUCAACUGGGGAAGAAACAGAACUUGUACAACCGUCAACUAUUAAUGUAGUGGAGGAUGAAAUUGAUGUUAUUCUUUCCAAUGAAUCAGGUUUAAUUCAUCGUGAGAAAAACCCACAGCUAUGUCGACAUGGAAGACUAGGAAAAUGUCUGCACUGUGCACCGUUAGAGCCUUACGAUGAAGAUUAUUUGAAAACAUUAAAUCCACCAGCAAAACAUUUGUCGUUUCAUGCAUACCUUAAGAAAUUAAAGUCUGGAGCAAGCAGAGGAAAAUUUGUUAAUCUGGAAGAUGUUAAUUGCAAAAUUAAACCAGGUUGUACUGAGCAUUUACCUUGGCCGAAAGGAAUCUGUACGAAGUGCCAACCAAGUGCAGUUAUGUUAAAUCGUCAGACAUAUAGACAUGUUGAUAAUAUUAUGUUUGAAAAUCCUGUUAUAAUGGACAGAUUUUUAAAUUAUUGGCGUACAACUGGAUGCCAGAGACUUGGAUAUUUGUAUGGCAAAUACGAGAAACACGAGAAUGUUCCACUAGGUUUACGAGCAACUGUCGCUGCAAUAUACGAACCACCACAAGAUUCUUCUCGGGACAAAAUUCAACUCAAAGAUGAUCCUUUUGAGGAGAUAGUGGAAUUACUAGCAUCAAAUUUGGGUUUACGGAAGGUUGGUUGGAUUAUAACAGAUCUUAUACCAGAUGAAAACAUAUCAGGACAAGUAAAGUAUUUAAGGCAUGCUGAAACACAUUUCCUAACUGCCCAAGAAUGCAUAAUGGCAGCAGACUUUCAAAAUAAAUACCCCAAUCCCUGCAGGGACUCAUCAAAGGGGAAAUUUGGUUCAAAAUUUGUAACUGUUGUAGUAUCAGGUCAUGAAGAUAAACAUAUUCACUAUGAUGGAUGGCAGGUUUCAAAUCAAUGUAUGGCAUUAGUUCGAGAUGAAUGCUUAGUACCAACACUUGAUGACCCAGCACUGGGAUAUAUUAAAGAGUCAUCCAGUGAACAAUAUGUACCUGAUGUUUUUUAUAAGGAAAAAGAUGAAUACAAGAACGAAGUGACGAAAGAUUCUAGACCAAUGCCUAUGGAAUAUUUUCUUAUCGAGGUUCCUGCAGCUUUUCCCUUAGAACCUGUAAACACUUUCAUUGGCGUCUCUUCUAAUCCGUUUCCUAUAGAGAAUCGUGUACAGAUUGGCGAAACCCAGAAUUUCGAAGUAUUUAUGAAGUACGUAACGAAAAUUACUUCUGGCGACGCUAACGUGAUGGAAGGCUUUCUUGAUUUCCACUUUCUUAUAUAUUUAAUGACAAAUGAAAUGAUUUCAUUAAAGCAUAAAAUGAGCGAACUGUGUAAAGCGUUGAUAUCACGUGACGCUGCGCAGUUCCAUCAUUGGUUGGAAAGUGACGAAUGGAAAACUAUUGAGCAGAUGAUUCAUGCUCACGCUCCUUCGCCGCCACCUACUGGAGCAGCCGGCGGUGGUUUUCCUCGCUCUUCGAGUUCAAGUUCAGUGGAGUACAUGGAGACCGAAAAUGUUGAUUUGACCAGAUGGACGUGUCGUCAUUGUACGUUCAUAAACUCUUCCAGUAAAGACACGUGUGAAAUCUGCAGCCUACCAAAAGACUAAAAUUUUCGACCGUCUUUAAUUGUUGAGAAUUUCGAUGCUCAAUCUUUCGGCUAACAGCAUAUGACGUGCGCCUUGAAUUUCAUACUUGCAGUGCGAGAAGAAAGUCUAUAAUAAGAUGUUUAAAGAAAUGAAAUAGAAGUUCCUCAGUUGGAAGACAAAAAAAGCCAAGUAGCGAAAUAUGGAAUUAUUUUCUUGUAGUAGAUAUAUUUUUUGCUUUAUAGUCCUGUCGAUUGUGUCUAUAUACCACUAGAGAAGGAUCUUUCAUUUUCACAUUUUACUUCGUAAAGGAAAAUGCCAUUUGAUUGUUCUCCAAGACGGGACAUUUGCUGACAAUAAGUAAACUAUCAACGCUGCAUUGAGAACUCCCUAUUGAAAACACAGUUUCCUUUCUCUCCUUUCUGGUUUUUAUUGACCUAAAUUCACACUACAAAUGCAGCUUCCUACGGCGCGGUGUGUUGCUGCACGACCUUUUUAUUUUUGCCCACAUCAAAUUUUAAAAAACUUUCUUCAAAACACGUGUCAUUAAAAUUUAAUCCAAACUUGCCGCAGCGUCACACGGCAAACGUCAAACCCAAAGUGAGUACAAGUCCUUUCAUUUCAGGUUAAAAAUAAGUCUAUUGUUCAAAACGAUAGAGAAAUAAUAAUGAACAGCCUGGUUAGAAUCCUUAUAAAAAAAUUGUGUGUACGUUCAAAACGGGCGGCGUGAUAGAAUAUCUUUUCAGUGUGAAUUUAGCGAUACUUGACAGCAUUGCGAAGUUAAGGGUUCCUGCAUCUUAAAACGCAAAUUUAUCAGGAUGUUAUUUUGUAAGAGGAACAGCUUGAUCGUUGAUAGCAGAAAAAUUUUGUUUAGAAGCGUUAUUUAUGUAGAGUUAUUAUUGUCACAGUUACAAGAAAAAUUAAACUAAUCGAAAUGUCGUUUGUGUGAACAGAAGUACCUUCUUCAUAUUUGAUGCUAGUCACUUUUCUUUCUUAUCGCCUACCUACCUACUUGUCUUUCUUUUCGCGCGAUUAAUUUUUAUUUUGUUAUUUUUUUCAGCUAAGACAUCUUUAUUCCACACCUCUUUUGUUAACAUUUGAUGUUUUUGCCACCAAGGACAAUCUCAGUGUAUUGAAAACUCUUCACCACCAUAAUUUUUGUAUAGGAAAUGGCUUACUGCAUAAAAGGGAAUUAGCAACGUUUCAUGGCAUGUACAAAGAAACAAGAUUUGUAAACAUAAUUUAAGACUAUGUUUACACAUAGCGAUAGAUGUCGUUCCGAAAUGAUUUUUGUUGCGGUUAGGCCUCGCGUCACACAGUUCUGCGACGUGUGAACAUAGUCUUAAAUUAUGUUUACAAAUCUUUUGUUUCUUUUGUAAAAAAUAAGGUAAAUCAGUUUGAAGAAAUAACAAACUUAUCAACCCUUUUUUUAUUAAAGCUUUCGGCAGAAUUUUUGUCGUUUCCAUUAUAACAGUCAUACAGUAUAUUCAUCAUUUAUAUAAAAUGUUACAAAGUAAGAAAUUAAAAAUUUAAAUUCUAUACCAUAUAAUGUCUAAAAACCAAAAUUGCCUAAAUUAUUUAGCAGCCCAAAUAUUUUGUCAGUUUUAUAAGUAAGAAAACGUUGUGAAGGUGGAGAAUAAGGGUCGGAUUGAAUUUGGGCCUGAAUGUUUCGGCCAAUAAGGUUUUUCCUGUGGAAUUGAGUGGGAAAGUCUAUCAUAUGAUGCUAGCCAUACGUCCGUCUGUAAAUUGUAAUUUCAAAGUUAUAUGAAUACCAGCAUUCCGUCUGUUCAAAAUAGCUGCACGCAGCUUUAUUUCGGCUCCCUUUUCAUUGUUAUAUUGCGCGUGCAUUUCUGCUUUUAGUGAACGUUUGGACGCAAGACCACACAACACUAAGUACGUCGUGCUUUGCGAUCAAAGUGGACAUUACUUUUUUAAACCUAUUUUAAGAUUUCGGCUGUGAGCAUAAAACGUGAGGAAAAUCCGAGCGAGCUGUUUUUAUUCGAUGUCCCUGCUCGCUGCCGGGGUGAAUUAUUUUUUAACCUAAGUCCUAUUUUCCAGCACUUUUUACAGAACUCGAUAAAACACAGACCGAUCAUCUUACUUUUAUAAAUUUUAUUAUUGACAGGUUUUUUAUCGCGUUAAAUUUUAAACGCGUUAUUAAAAAAUUUAGGUUAAUAUUAAACGGAUAUUGACCGGCUUUGGUGCUGUGAAAUACAAAGCCCGAGGUGAAAAGAACAGACCGAGCUUGCAAUGUCAUUUCAAUGUCUAUUUUAAAAUGUUUUCAUUCGUGUCAUUUCAUUUUUUUCCUGUGAAUCUGCUGCUAAAAAUUGACGCAUGUGCAAUAAGGUCUCCCUAAAUCCGACGACAUCAUGCAAAAGUUGAGUAGAGAUGGAAAAGGCUACUUAAAAGAGCUGAUGCUAAUUAAGAAUGUGUAUAUAAUAAAAA